GUGUCUGUCGGCCUUGAUGUGAAAGGAGCGGCCGCCUUUCCUCCGAUAGGAAACUCGCUGUGACGUAACGAAACCAGAGCAGGCAGAUAUGUGUUAAUGAAAAUCUUUUGACUACUGUUUUAUUGCACACCUGAAACUCGACGUCCUCUCACGUCCCUGUUACACUGAAUUAUCCGUGUUUGGUGACUGCAAGUCGGACAGGAAAACACGGCUACACCGACAGAGACAGAGGGGAAUAAACAGUGUGUAACCUGGGUUAGGCAUGGCUGAUCUGCUAAGGCUGCUGCUUCGUGUGGCUGAGAAAGCGGCUGAUGUGGCUCGUGUCUGCAGGCAGGAGGCUGCCCUCUUUGAGCUCCUCGUUCAAGAAAAAACUGGAGAUGACAAGAAUAAGAAGUUUGUCCAGGACUUCAAGACGCUUGCGGAUGUUGUGAUCCAGGAGGUGAUCCGACAUGACGUCGGUGCUCAGUUCCCUGAAAUGGUGGGCUUCAUUCACGGAGAGGAGUCCAACAAGUUUGAAAAUGGGCUCGGUGAAAGUGUGACAGUCACCGUGUGUGGCAAAGAGGAGGAGACUGCUGCACUGCUGGCCACUGUGCUGGACGGUAACCACACAGCAGCGUCUCUCCUGGCACGCGCCAUUCACCAAGACCCAGCAACGAUUGAUGCCAAAACAGACGGUCUGUCGGUGCCCCUCACCCCCUCUGAGCUCGCCAUCUGGAUCGACCCUAUAGAUGCCACCAGCCAGUAUAUAGAGGGCCGAGAAGAGGUGCUGGAGGAGGGCCACCUGUCUCCUUCAGGUCUGCACUGUGCUUUGGUUCUGAUUGGGGCCUACCUCCGGAGCACGGGUGAACCCGUCAUGGGCGUCAUCAACCAGCCGUUCAACCACAAAGAUCCAGCAGGUGGAGCCUGGAGGGGGAAGCAUUUCUGGGGCGUGUCCUUUGGUGACGUCAAUGUCUGCUCAGUGUCUCGGCCCAAAGACAGACCAGCAGGUGAGCGAGGGCUGUCGGCGGUGCUGAGCUCCAGUGAGAAGCAGGUGGUGAAGGAGACCCUGACCUCACUGUGCAGCCCCAACAAGCUGAUGUACGCCUCUGGAGCCGGCUACAAAAUCCUUUGUGUCAUUCAGGGCUUGGCUGAUGUCUACGUCCUCUCAGAGGGAAGCACCUUCAAGUGGGACUCCUGCGCCCCUCAUGCCCUUCUCCGAGCCCUCGGAGGGGGGGUUGCAGACCUGACAAAGAGUUUACAGUCCAACUCUGCUGCACAAGAUCACCAGGUAGAACUGACCUAUCACCAGCCUUACACCGAGGGUAAAGGUGCAGACCGCUGGUCGAACCACGGAGGCCUGGUGGCUUACCGAGACUGUUGUCAGCUCAGCAGCAUCGUCAGUGCUCUGAAAGGCAAACUGUAGUUCAAAGCAGAGUGGAUGUAAUCAACACAAGCUGACACAGUUAUUGUUGCAUAUAUUAUCAUAUUCAUGUUUUCUAUAUUAGAGCAUAGGAUGAAAUAUUUUAAUUAUAAAUCAUACUGUCUUAUUUUUAACCAGAUAUAUAUGCAAAUGUGUAUAUAACAAAGUAAACAUCAGGUCUGAGCUAAAUAAAAUUUGCAAAUACUGUUUGUUUCCAAACUGGAGGUCGGCUUCAGCGGGAGAAAUGAUAAACCGACCAAUGAUCCAACUCUGAUGCUGGUGAUCUAGAUUUAGGUUUGCAAUAUUUGUUCAGAAAGCACAACAACAGGAAAAGUGCGAGAAAAGGAAAAACAUAUCAAACAUGUCAGUCAAAUCCAAAAUAUGAAGUUCAUAGUCAACAAACC